UAAAUAUCCAGUAUAAAAAGUUAUAAAAUUAACAUUAAUAACAUUGAUCUGAUUCUAAAGUUGAGCUAUUCGGAUGAACACAAAGCUUGGUAAAUUCAAGUACAUUGCUAAUUAUCUGCAUAUACAGAUUGCAUAUUUUUUGUUAAGCUUCUCUUCCUUUAGAAACUGAGACUUCUUACUACCUCUAAUUUACUCAUAUGGAAAUUGCUUUUUGACUCCAUAACAUUUUGUUCCACCUCUCUGGAUCUCAUUUUAUUUCAGAUAUAUUUUGUGGCAAAGGAGACCAAAAACGAUACAGAAGGAGAAGCUGUGUUACAAUUUUACACAAAAGACCUCUAACCUUUUCUGGUAUUAUUUCCAAUCAUCAUCUCAGCAGAGUUUUACAAAUUAUUCACUUCCUUUAACAGUCUGAAAUAGAAGUUGAGCUGAAUUUGGCUUUCAAAGACUUCAUAAAAAAAAAAGGUUAAGACUUUCUCAAAACAAGCCACUAUUAGGGGCUGAUUAGCUUAUGAUGAAACAAGAUGAAGGCUUGAGUCCUAUUACCUUACCACAAAUUGGCUUAAAGUGAGCUAUUUGUGCAAGGACACUUAAAAAACCCCAAAAGCUCUCUAAUUUCAAGUGUCCAGUUUUUUCUGAGUCUGAUUUGUGUCUCUGAAAUUGAAACAAAAUCAACAGAAGCUGAGAUGAUUUAACAGUUCUUAAAAAUCAGGCUUUUGGUAUAAGAAUUGGAAACAAUCAAAGUUAAAUCAACCUUUGCAAACUACAAUCUAAACUUUUGGGGUGUAACCUUCCUGCGACAUCACGCAGGCAUGACAGUAUUAUAGGUAAGACUCUUCAUAUUUAUAACAAACAGUAUUAUGCACAAAAGCUACCUUAAAUAUGUAAUACUGCAGAUGUGAAAAAAAAAACACUGGGAAGUUAGGACAUGCCACAGGUGUGGUUUCACAGCUCGUAAUAUGUAACACAAAACCUUUUUACCUUUAUGAUAUCUGUGGCAGGUACUGUACAGGACAUGUCAUGAAAGAGUAUGACAGAAAAGCAUCAGUCCUCAGCCGAGGAAAAGACUUUGACGCUCAUAUUAGUCAACCACAGAGACUCACAGGGCACCUGAUGUGUGCAAAGCUCAGGUGCUUUCCCAGAUACAGUCUAAUGUGCUCAUGCCAUCCAGGGGACCUCUGACUUUCCACCUCCGUCAAAUGAAGAGAAGACACACUCGGGAGAGAGAGAAUUAAAUAAACAGCCCUGCAACACUUUGAAGAUGCUGAAGGCCAAGUUUUAGAGAGGAAAUGCAUUACUUCGUGCAAAUAAAUAUUUGUCAUGGUAUUCGUCAGGCGUGGCAGCUCCAGAAUAACUACCUGCUGCAGUGGAAGGUUUGAACAGACCGAAAAAGUUCCUUUGUGAGCAAAGAAGGGUCAUUUUUGUGCAACUGCGGAGCCUGGGAAAAUACAGCCUGCAAUAUGAUGGCAAUUCAGUUACCCACGAGGAAGCAGAUCACUCUCCUCCACUGCAAAGUGCUGGCUCGCAAUAUAACAAUAAUUGAAUUUAAAAAAAUUACGGAGCCGUUUGCAACUGCCUACUGUAAUUAUUUUACAUGGAAAACAAGUUCAGUCUCGUCUUAACUAGGGGAAAACAUAAACAUCUACUAAUAGAGAAGAAACAAAGUUUAAUUUGCUUAUGGAUCAGUGAAGUCCAAAAAUGUGCAUUCAUUUUGGGUGGACUCUGCCCCUUCUCCUCAUUUAAGAUUCAGGACUGAGGGCCAGCGGAGCUUAAAGAGGAAGACAACCCUUGCAAUUUGUAUCCACUCCUGGCUUUACUGACAGCUGCCCCAGAAAUAAACAACCCAGAAGCUGCAAACAUCAAUAAAUAAAUAAGGUUAUUUUAAGAGGUGACAUGAACCUUGAAGAGUAUUUUGUGAGAACUGGCUAUAAAGGUUCCCUUGAAAAACAAGAUUUGGAAACCUUAACUGAUAUAUUCCAGCACCACAUCCGUGCUGUUCCCUUCGAAAACCUCAGCAUCCAUUGUGGGGAGAAAAUUACUUUGGAGUUGGAGCACGUUUAUAACAAAAUCGUGCAGAGAAAGCGGGGUGGCUGGUGCAUGGAAAACAACCAGUUGUUGGGCUGGGUCCUGAAAUGCCUGGGGUACGACACCAGUUUUCUGGGAGCGUAUGUGUUCAAUCCACAUCAAAACGCGUACGCCACCAUCAUGACCCAUCUCCUUGUAAAGGUAGUUAUUGAUGGCAAAGCCUAUAUUGUUGAUGGAGGCUUUGGUGUAUCCUAUCAGAUGUGGCAACCAAUGGAACUUGUGUCGGGGAAAGACCAGCCCCAGGCUCCCGGCAUCUUUCGCUUCACGGAAAAAAAUGCCAUAUGGUACCUUGAGAAAAUGAGACGGAAACAAUAUAUCCCCAAUCAAAAUUUCUCUAAUUCCGAUCUUCUGGAGAAAGAAGAGUGUCGGAAAGUUUAUAUGUUCAGCCUUGAGCCACGGACAGUGGAAGAUUUCUGUUUCCAGUGUACAUACCUUCAGACGUCUCCAGAUUCCCUCUUUACAAAGAAGUCCAUCUGCACCCUCCAGACCACUGAUGGCUUUCGAGCGCUAAUUGGGUGGACGCUUACUGAGACCACAUACAACUACAAGGAAAAUAUGGAUCUGGUGGAAUUUGUGACUCUUGAGGAUGAAGAGGUGGAAAAAACACUCAAAGAGAAAUUCAACAUAACUCUAGAUAGAAAACUUGUCCCGAUUAAUGUCAAAGGAUUUUACACAAUCUAGAUUACCAGAAAAAACUACAAUAAUGCUACGCAUUUACAGUACCUUUCACUGCCUACACAAUCGCUACUGUAAGACUACGGGAUACUUUUGGAAGCGAUUGAAGGAAAAAUACAUUAAUACCAGAUUAAAGUGAAUUUCACCCUGGAAAAAUCAGGAAUUUAAGACUCUUCUGUCAGGUAGAUAGAAUUAUUUGCUGUGAGAUAAAUGCAGUUCAAUUUUUGGCACAAAUGUAGGAUCUGAUUUGAAUCUGGUUAUAAACUUGGGUAAUAAAUAUGUCUGGGAAAUUUUGGAGUGCCUAUAGCACAUAAGUAGGAGUAUGGAUUAUUAAUUUUGAUAUGCUGCCAACACAUUUUCUGUGGUUAUUAUAGGGAGAAAGGCAUUUCGAACAUUUAGACAAUGAAGUACGUAUUUAAAACUUAAUUUUUCACAAGAUCUAACCACUCACAAAUCAUCUCAUUUCUCUACUUUUUCCUGGUUUUGGUUGGGAUAAAGUUAAUUUUCCUCACAGUAGCUAGUGUGGGGCUGUCGUUUGGGUUUGUGCUGGCAACAGCGCUGAUAACCCAGGGCUGUUUCAGUCCCUGCUGAGCCGGACUUGCACAGAGUCAAGGCAUUUCUGCCCCUCACCCCACCCCACCGGUGAGGGGCUGGGGGGCACCAGGGGUUGGGAGGGGACACGGCCGGGACAGUGACCCCAACUGACCCAGGGAUGCCCCACACCACACGGCGUCAGGCUCAGCACAUACAGCUGGGGGAGGAGGGGGAAGGGGGGACGUUUGGAGUGAUGGCGUUUCCCUUCCCAAGUCACCGUUAGGCGUGAUGGAGCCCUGCUGCCCUGGGGAUGGCUGAGCACCCCCUGCCCGUGGGGAGGAGGGAAUGGAUUCCUUGGUUUGCUUGGCUUGUGUGCGCGGCUUUUGCUUUCCCUGUUAAACUGCCUUUAUCUCAGCCCAUGAAUUUUCUCACUUCUACUCUUCUGAUUCUCUCCCCCACCCCACUGGGGGGGAGGGAGCAAGCAGCUGGGUGGGGCUUAGUUGCCAGCUGGGGUUUAACUGCGACACCUUUAAUAUAAGUAAAACAAUGUCAUCUUUGAAAGGAGCAUUAGGAGGCAUAAUUCUUUCACUGACAAAAUAUAGUACAGAAUUAAAAUUAUCAUCACAUGCAUCCCUUUUGCCAUUGCUACAGUAAACUUUCCAAAGUAAUUUUUGGUAAGUACUUGUUUCCUGGUGAUGCAGACUGUAUAUACUGCAGCAUUACUGUGGCUGAUGGGCUCUAGGGAGAGACCUACAAGCUUUGGUUCUGAUAAGCAAUCAUCCUCUAAAGGGUUUAAACAUCACAACUGGCUUAGAUUUACUUCUAUCCCAAAAAUGGUGGAAAUUUUGGUUUUUUAGCAUUGCAAAUUAUUUGUAUAACAAAGGUAGAACAAUGAGGCUAACCCCACUAUACCCUUAAUUUUGCCCUCUUUGUGUAUAGCAAACAUGACUCCAUACAGCUAUCCUGGAUAAGUACCACUUGGUGUGCUAGAGGCUUUAGUGUCACAAGUUCUCUGUCAAAAUGAAAAAGAUCAAGGAGCUGAACAAAUCUGAAGGAAUCCUUUUCCUUAGAAUUAUUUCAUAAUCACAUUUCCCCAUUUUUAAAUUUUUUUUUUUCAAAAAGCCCAAACAAGGAAACCACUGAGAAAGGGGAAACAUUCUCAAAUGCUUCAAAAAACCAGCAGUAACACUGAAAAACACCCUUUCUCCUCAAUCUAUGACAAUCCUGAGUAUUGGUUGAUUCCUCCCACUGACAGCGUAUCUUUUUGCUCAAAGGACAUAAUCUGAUUAUAAAUUUUACAAAUGUUCUCAGUGUUUACCUGAAAAUAAAUAAAGGAAAAUAAAAUAAGGAGUUGCUGGAGCAACAGCCGACACCCCAACUGCAUGACUCCUGCACACACCACUUGCUAAGUAAACGAUGAGGUCUGCUCAAUCGUACUAUUAUCUGCUGGCCAACCCAUCUCACCACAAACUUCUUGAACCAAACAGGCCAAUACUGAACAAAUUUGACAGCAGUGUUGGAGAUGGUAAGUUCCUACAAGAUUCUGUAAAAAAAGCUCAUGGGGUGAGGAAGAAGACGAUUACUGAAGAGGAGGUCCAGUAGUUGCUUCCUCUGCUGGGCUCAGCAGCCAACAGCUCUGGGCUGGCCGCGGUGUGUGCUGGCUCCUGCCUGCUGACCGGCCGUGGUGGCGGCUGAUGGCCUGGGCGCAUGAGUACUGGCACAGGGACAAGGAACCAAGGGCCAAGCAGGAGGCGAUAGGGGACACUGAAAGAUCUCACUGAGGCGGGAACGUGGCUUUUCUAGAAACAGUGGAACUAAGGACUUUGUUCUCUAAUUUGUGUUCAUGUUAUUCUCUCGUACUAAGGUCCCAUUAAGGGUUUUUACCCCUUUCUAAAUUGAUUGAUCAAACCAAGGUGUUCCCCGAGGCCCCAAGGGACAUUAUGAGCUUUAAAACAUUCACCACCUCCAUUCUAGCUGACAGAAAUUUCCGUCUGCAUUCACCCAGGUCACCAAACCAUAUUUCUCUAUGCAGUGAACUACAGUUGUUUUCUGGUGCCGCUGCCUCUUGUCUCGAGGACAGCCAUUAACAGACCGGUUGUUGACCAGUAUAACUCCACACUUCUCGAGAGAUGUUCCUGCUGUUGCUCCCAGGUAAUUGCUCAGGUUAUGGUGUGCAAGGGUUUCUUGGGCAGAGUUCUACGGACUCAUAUCAGCGUUUUUAACUGGGCCUGCAAUGAUGGGACUCAGAUAUCCCCUUCUACUAUUCAGUUACUAAAAAUCCACGGGGCUGCCAAUGACUGAAGCUUCAACUGUCUCCCCGACUCCAUCUGUUGAUAGCCACUCUCUGAGCAGGAUUUUUGCUCUCGGUGUAACAAUUAUAACCAGGUCCUCCUGUGCAAUAUCAAACCACACAAAGAAAUGUCAACAUGUACAGCUGAGGAACAGUUUCACAGUUUAACUAAAGCUCCCCAAAAGCUGACAAAAGCAAAUUAUUGAGGUGUGAAUGUCAAACCCAAAAUGCCUCAAGGGUUUGAGAUGAGACUGGUGUAAAAACAAACAAAACCAAACAAUCCCAGAGGCCUCAGGCUGGGGUUCCAUUAGCAAGGCAUUACUUAGAAGGGAGACAGCUCUCCCAGACUGAAAACAAAAGAAACGACCAAGUCCUUAAAGCAUCAGCUCUCAGCGAAACCUGUGUUCACAUGCAGAACGGAAACACAGGAUGUUUGACAUCUUUCACCACCGCUAGGCUUUAUGAACACUCUCUGAGAAAGGUUUAAUGAGAGCCUAAGCUAUCGUGCAGUUUUAGUUGUUGACUGUUGUUGAAAUGAAGCAGAACAAAUGCUUAUAACCCCCCACCCAGGACUUGUAUCAUUCCAAAUACAAUUUAAAAGUAUGGUAUUCCAAUUAACAGAAAGACGAGACAAUUUCUUUUAAAGUCUGAAUGCUGGAUUAAGUCCCAGAAUCCCAGCCCAGCUGCCCGUUACACACACAUGCAAUGCCCCAUGGCAACGACAGCCAUCCGCAAUUGUGGAAUUGUAUAAUGGAGUGUCUUAUUAGGAAACAAGACACAUAACAGAAGAAACACUGUUCAAACUCCAUGGCACCACUGAACAUCCUCCCCCCUCCCCAAAGAAUCAAAGUUUAAUCGGCUCAUGCAUUACUAACGGGAGGAUACAGGAUGGCUCGCCUCAGUUGGACUCUGGUCCUGGACUUCUUAAGAUCCAAUACUAAGCAGAAUAAAAGUAACAAAAUGAGAAACAUCAGCAAGAAAGACAAAGUUGUUCAAUACUUCCAUGUUUCCAAUGUCAGCAGUUAUUACAGAAAUAAAGUCAGCCUGUCAAAGGGAGGGGCAAAAAUUUACCUAACAAGAGACGGGCUUAAACCAAAUGCUGCGAGCUGUCGGUGAGCAUGAACCACAGCGCAGGCGCUGCUUUGCUUGCUUUAAAAGGUACCUUACCGUAACAGGCACAAACACUUCUGGUGUCUGAUAACUCUUUACCCACUAAACUUGGUGGACAGCCAUUUUCUUUAACAAAAAUGCUUACCACUUACCCAACUUGCUUUUGUUCUCAAAGAAGAAAUGCUUUUUGUUUAGAAGCACGAACAUGUGGGAAAGUUCUACAGCUUAGGAAGCUGAACGUGAAAAAGGGUCUGCAUUUGAGACUGUGUCAGAGCCAAGAAAGCUUGAGUUAACGUAGGUUUGCAUGAUGAGUAUUUCGCUGCUACUUACAUCUCUGUCGAGAGCAGUUCAAGCACAGAUUUCAUAUAGCAGAAUGCUUCUACCCUGGCUAGGAAGCUCGAGCCAGGCUUAAAAUACAUACAUACAUAUAUAUACACGUGUGUGUGUG